AUGGAGAAAGGCGAGGGCUCAGCGGCCGAGCAAGACGCGGAGGAGAACACCCAGCACCACCUCACGAUUCCCGCCGGGUUGACUCAGGACGAGUUCGACGACUUGAAGCGGAUCGUGGCCGACUUCCACAAGUACCCGGUGGGUCCCGGAAAAUGCUCUUCCCUACUCGCGCAGCGCGUGUACGCUCCGGUCGACAAGGUGUGGUCGGUGGUGCGCCGCUUCGACAAGCCCCAGACCUACAAGCACUUCAUCCGGAGCUGUACGGUCAAGGAGGGGUUUAAAAUGACCGUCGGGUGCACGAGGGACGUCAAUGUCAUCUCCGGGCUACCGGCGGCCACCAGCACAGAGCGGCUCGACUUGCUCGAUGAUGACCGCCACGUCACCGGUUUCAGUAUUACCGGCGGCGAGCACCGGCUCAAGAAUUACCGGUCGGUGACGACCGUGCAUGGGUUCGAGCGCGACGGAAGGAUCUGGACCGUCGUUUUGGAAUCGUACGUCGUCGAUGUGCCCGAGGGGAAUUCCGAGGAGGACACGCGUCUCUUCGCGGAUACAGUUGUCAAGUUGAAUCUCCAGAAGCUGGCGUCGGUCACCGAAGGGCUGGCGGGUUACGGUGACGCUAAAUCGCAGGUGAUGUGA